AUGGAUAAAGGAAAUGAAACUCAAGUUCCUAUAGAAACAGAAUUUAUUAAUUUAAAUAUUUCGGAUAAAGAUUCUAGUUCAGUAAAUAUUAGCGAUAAAAAUUGUUCUUAUUGCAAUAAACCAUUUAUCGAAGAAUUAUGGUGUAAAGAAUGUGAUCCUCGUCACAUGUUUGAAGGUUGGACCAGCGGAAAUAAUGACAUUGAUAAAUUUAUCAAAGAUACAAUUUAUGAUGCAAGAAAUGGUCCUAGGUCUAUAUUUCUUGAAUGGGUACCAUUUGAUAGGUUUAAAGACGUAAAGCAAAUUGGUGUAGGUGGGUUCGCAAAAGUGUAUUCUGCAACAUGGAUUGAUGGUAAAGCAGAAUAUGAUUACGACUGGAAAAGAAAAGAACCUCAACCUAUCAAAGUCGCUUUGAAAAGAUUAAAUGGAUCAAAGAAUAUGUCAGCUGAAUAUUUGAAUGAGCUUAAAAUAAAUUGGGAUUAUUGUAAAACAAAUAACAUAACAUUAAAAUUUUAUGGAAUGACCAAAGAUCCUGAAACUGAAGAGCUUAUGAUGAUUUUAGAAUUCGCAGAUCGAGGAACUAUGAGAAGUGUUCUUUCACACAAUUUCAAUAAUAUUUUAUGGAAAGAUAAAAUUCUUUAUUUACUUUGGAUAGCAUAUGGUCUAAACGAGUUACAUAAAUUAGGAUAUUUUCAUAAAGAUUUUCAUAGUGGAAAUAUAUUGCAAAUUGCUAAUAAGGAUCGCAAUUAUUCUUAUAUUUCAGAUUUUGGAUUAUCUGGACCAUCAACCAAACAAAAAUCUGAUGAUAAAAUAUGUGGAGUAAUGCCAUAUGUCGCACCAGAAGUUUUGAAUGGAGAACCAUAUUCAUUAUCCUCGGAUAUUUAUAGUUUUGGUAUAAUUAUGACAGAAUUAUCAUCUGGAAAACCACCUUUUUAUAAAAGAAAACAUGAUACUACCUUAGCAUUAGAAAUAUGUAAUGGACUCAGACCAGAAUUUGGAAAAGGAACUCCUGAAAUUUAUAAGAAACUAGCUUAUAAAUGUAUGAAUGCUAAUUCAAAUCAAAGACCAACAGCCAGUGAAUUAUUUGAUAUAAUACAAUUUUGGCAUUAUUCUAGUAUUAAAAAGGAUGAUUAUCAAGAAAAAGAAAAAUUUGGAUAUAAAGGAAAGGAAAUUAAAGCUAUGUUUGAAGAAGCUGAUAAGGAAAUACCAAACAUUUCAACUUUGUAUGAGAUAAAUCCUGAUGCCAUAUAUACUAGCAGAGUAUUUACAUUUAGCAAUUUAACUAAACCUGUUAAUUCAUCUAUUAUUACGUCAUACCUUGAUGAAGAAAAUAAUGAAGAUUGUAAAGAUUCUAAAUUAUUUGACUUAGAGGUUUCUAGCUCAUUACAAUUAAAAGGUAGGUAA